AUGCAGGACGCAGAAGGGAAUCGGUCAGCAUUGGGAUAUGUUGCUCUGCACCCAGAUAAGAAGAAGCCAGAGCUUUGGGACGCAGCUGCUGCACUCAGCUUGGCUGGGGUCUUGAAAUUGAAGGUGAUUGAGGUCAGGGGACAGCAAGGAGCAAGCGAGCAGCAGCAGCAGCCGCAGCUGUUGGAGGUCGCCUGCUCUGGCAGCUUGGUCCUCCCGGCCUACGCCACCGAGCCGCCACCUCCGGGGGGCCGGUCCCCCCUGGCAGCCGCCGUCCACGUCAUCAUCCAGCACAUCGCCAGCCUGGGCCAGGAGCCGUCGGACCUCUCAGCUGACACCAACGUGCAUGGCAUGGAGGAGCCAGACGUGGACUCUGGGGAGGCAGAAGAAUUGGCUGAUGCGCCCGCAGAGCAAAUGGAUCUGCGAGACCGCAUCUAUGAGAUGCUGCGGCCUGUUGAGUGGACCGCUGAAGCCACCGAACCCUCGGGGCUGACGUGCACGAUGCCGGGCUACCAGCGGAGGGCGCUGGCCUGGAUGACGCGCAGGGAGGCGCUGCAGGACGGGGGGGAACCCUCCAUUUCCACCGCUGGGGGGACCUCUGCCACCGCCGGCGGCUUGGGCCCCUCGCUUCCGGUCUGGAACGGCACGCACCACCCCUGCUGGCAGCGAGUCGCCCUGCCCUCGGGAGAAGCCUUCUACCACAACUGGAACACAGGGCAGCUGCAGCGGAUGCAGCCAUUUGCGCCGGUCCCGCUCAACGGGGGCGCACUAGCCGAUGAGAUGGGCCUCGGCAAAACAGUCAUUGCCCUGGCUCUCAUCCUUAAGAGGCCCCCACCCGCCGACUGGUGCGCGCCCCUUGCAUCGGCGCAAUCACCCCAGACCCCAGGUACAUCGGCAACAUUCACCCCUGGCGCGGCGGCUCCAACGGCGCAAAUACCCUUGAACCAUAAGGGGCCGCGAAGAAACGGCGCCACGCUCAUUGCGGCCACGCAGGCGCUUCUUGGGCAGGCGGCCGGGGACGGCGGCAGCGGCGGCAGCCCGGUGGCCGGCAAGAAGCGCAAGCGCAAGAUGACCAUGCGGCAGAAGGUUGAGGCCGCGCAGGAGGUGUGGGAGAUUCAGCGGCAGGCGUUUGAGGCAGCGCGGAAUGCGGCGGUGCCGGCGGCGGAGAAAGCUGCGUUUGAGGCGCAGAUGGAACGCCUCAUCACGGCCGACAUCGUCCUAGUGGCCUACCCCGUGCACCAUGCGCGCAAUGCGUUGGGAGAGGGGCGUUCCCUGCGCCGUCCCAAGCGCUACAGCGUGGUCGACUCCCCUCUCGCGGCGCUGCACUGGUGGCGCCUCAUGCUCGACGAAGCCCAGAAAGUCGGCGACGGCUUCUCUCAGGUGGGCGACAUGGCGGCGCUGCUGCGUGCUGAGUCGCGGUGGGUGGUGACGGGGACUCCGAUGGGGAACGGCGGCCUUCGCGAUCUGCAUGGCCUGCUGCGCGUGCUGCAACAUGACCCCUUCGCCGACCGCCGCCUUUGGCGCACUUGCGUUGAGGGCCCCUGCCUGCGCGAUGAGCCGCAUGCGUUGGAGCGGCUGGAGGCUGUGUUGAAGCCCAUCAUGUGGCGCAACGACAAAUCCUCCGUUGGCGACGAGCUCAAGCUGCCCCCUCGCACGCUCGAGCGGGUGGCGAUAGUUGUGGCGGAGGGAGAGCGCUCGUUCUACCGCUCGGUGCAGGAGGCGGCCGUCCCCGCGCAGGAGGCGCUGCAGCGUCACUCAGCCGCAGCCGCGCCGGCCGGUGACGGCUCCGACGAGGCCGGCCCCUCCUCGCCACGCACGGUGAGCCGGGUGGAGGCUGCGCGCGCGGAGAGGGCGGCGCGGCGGGCGGAGGAGGCAGCCGGCAGCGCUGUGCUGGACCUGCGCAAGUGCUGCGAUCACCCGCAACUCACCUCCCUCUGGCGGCGCCAGGCGCGCGAGGGGCAGUUGUCUCAGGGCACCAUCCUGACAAUUCCUGAGCAAAACGCACGUCAGGCCGACGGGCUGCAGAACAAGCUGCAGGGUGCGGAGCGAAAUUUGUGUGUGCUGCUCAAUACUCUGGCGGCUCUGCUGUUGGAAGCCCCUGAAGCGCACACCGGCCCCGCCUCUCCCAAGCACAAAGGCAAGGGCAAGCAGAAGGCCGCCGCAGACGAUAAGGGCACGCCCCAGGGCCCGGACCGUAAACGGCGCAAGACGGAGCUUACGGACUCCGCCAUCGGUUACGGGUCGAGCUGGGAGGAGCGACGGACCGAGGCGCUGGCGCUGCUGCGGCGCAGCCGACUGAUCAGCGAGGAAGGAAUCGGCGCGACGUGGGGCGAACCUGCCACCGACAUCAAGUCUGCCAGCGCGGCAAUCCGCGCAUGGCGCCCCAUACAGGUGAGCGUGCUUGAGCAGCUGGCAGACCUGCUGGAGGCAAGCGGUGCGCCCAGGACCGAGGACGAGGAUCUGGCCAGCAUGCGCGAUGAGGCGCGCCGGAAACUCGACGACAUCAACGAGGUGCCGAGGGAGGCGUGCAUGGAGAGGGAGGUGCGGCUGGCGGAGCUGACGGGGAAGCUGGAGGAAGCCGGCCGGAAGGUGGCGCGGCUCUGGGCGCGCGCGCAUGCGGCCGGCUGGCAGGAACGCCGCCCGACGGACGCCCCGGCCUGGUGCGCCGCGCUGCUGUCGGCCUAUGACUCCGCCAAAGCCGCCGCCGCCGCCGCCAGCGCCGAAGCCGGCCAGGUGCAAUGGGCGGCGGUGACUGAGCUGCUGCAGCCGGAGGAGGAACGCCUCAUGCAGACGCGCGCAGCGCUAGAGGGCGUCUGCGUGACACCAGUCGUGGCCACCGCUCUCUCCAACGCUCAAGCCGUCCUCUCAGCCCUGCAAGGCAACCUACCCUUGCCCCGCCGCGGGGCCGGUGGGGAGGCAGCCAGCGCAGCACUGACAGAGGCGAUGCAAGACAUUCCAGAGCAGCGCAUCGUGCGGCUGGCGCGCGAGGGAUCAAGCCUCAACCGGGCGCUCGUGGCCGCGCAUGCCCUGCGGCGGCUGCACCCCAUCGACACCCUGGACUACCAGAAGGCUGUGUCGUCUGUGAAAAAGGUGGUGAAUGCGCUGAGGAGAGAGCAUGACAAGCUGCUGCAGCGCCGAUCCCUUCACCCAACAUCAGGGUUCAUGGCCCAGGACAACGACCUGGAGGCGGCUAUCGCUGCGCUGGACGCGGUGUGUGCCCAGCUGGAUUUUGUGCGCGGCGUGAGGGAACGCCACACGGCGGAGGUGCAGCUGGAAGUGGCACGCCAUAAUCUGGGAGUGGCAGAGGAGGAAGCGCGUGUGGCGGCAGCGGUUGUGUCACAGAACAGCAGCGGCAAAUCCAUGGCGGCUCUUCACGCAAACAUUGCGGAGCUGGAGGCCACCUGCAGGCAGCUACUCUCGCGGCAGCGCUUCCUGCGUGGUACCGCAGAAUCUGAGCAACCCGAGCAUAUCCACGAUGCCGGACCAGGCAUGACGGAUCAGCAGCUGCCGGAGCCGGCGGCGCCGCCGGGAUCAUGGCCGGCCGGCGUGCGCGCAAAAACCGGCCUCUCCGCCGCGCUCGGCCCCUGGCAAGUGUCGCUCGCCGCGCCGCACCUUGCCGGGACAACCGCACCAGCCUCAGCCGCGCGCCUGGACCUGACCGCCGCGCCGUCCGGCGCAGCUGCCGGGCAGGGGCUGGCCCCGGCCGCGUACCCCGCGGCGGCAGCUCCGGGCCCCGGCAGCGACAUUGCGGCCGCCGCGGAGGCGGCUGACGAGGCCAUGCCUGACGCAGGCAAUGAUCUGGGCAGUCUGCCGGGGCAGGAAAUCUUCACCACGGGGCUGGAGAGCAGCACACUAGGGAGGGCUGCAGAGAAGGGGAAGGAAGUAAUCGUGUCGCCGCGGAGUGCCUCAAUGGACGAGCUGGCGCGGCUGCGGGCGGAGAGGCACGCGCGGUGGCUGGAGCAGCAGGAGAGGGAAGGCUCGGGAGACCGGGGCGGCCCGAGCAGCCGGGGUGAAGCCGCAGGACCUCCAGGAUCUCAAGGGAGUGCAGAGACCCCUAGGGGGGCAAAUGAAGUGUUGGAGAAUACGGCAGGGACCAGCAAUGAGGCUGCUUUAGGGGCUGGCGGGGGUGUGGAGGGCGGGGCGAGCGGCAGCGGUGCAGGCAGAGAGGAGGGCAGGGCAGGGGGAAAUGCAGAGUGCCUCGUGUGCUUCUCUUCGAUCGACAGCGCCAUGCUGCUGCCAUGUGGCCACUGGCUAUGCGAGGCGUGCUACCAAAAGUGGUACAGCGCACGGCAGAAGGGGCGCAAGCAGGACUGCAUGGUCUGCCGCCAGCCGUUCAAUUUCUCUGGCGUCUUCCGAGCACCGAUCGCGCCGCAGCCGCGCGACGCGGUCGUCCGCGACGACCCCAAGUACCAGAAGGUUGUUCUGAAAGGGCAGUGGGGCAGCAAGAUUGAGGCGCUGCUGCGGCGGCUGCUGUGGCUCCAAGCAAAGCAUCCAGAGGUCAAGAGCCUGGUCUUCUCUCAGUGGCAGGGCGCUCUGCUGAUGGUCAGCGCAGCGCUGGACUUGAAUCAAGUCAAGCAUGGCUCGCUCACCGGGAGGCACCGCGGCCAGGGUCCAAGGGAGGUGAUAAAAAAAUUCCAGGAGGACACAGACAUGCGCGUGCUUCUGCUCACUCGCGGCGCUGGCGGGGAUGGCCUCACUCUCACGCAAGCGAGCCAGGUGUUUCUGCUGGAGCCCAGUGUGAGCGUGCCAGUGGAGCAGCAAGCAAUCGCGCGCGUGCACCGCUUCGGGCAGAAGAAGCCAAUUCUCAUCACCCGCUUCAUUUCACAGAACACCGUCGAGGAAGAAGUUGUGAGAGAGGCGGAGGCGACGCAAUCAUUACUAAGCGAUGACGGUGUACAUACGGCGAGCAUGCUGCAGAAAUCCGAGGACAUGACCACCGACCUAAACAUCCGGCUGCUCACCGCCGCGCUGCGGCAGCGGCCAUCGUCCGCCGCCGACAACGCCGACGCGCCCGGCCGACCCGACUCCGCCUGA